AUGUACACGAGCGAGAACAUCAAACGGCGCAACCCCAUUGGGUCCUCCGCCGCCCGCGACCAAUCACUCCAACAACCCCAGGAUGACCACCAUCACAGCAACUCCCAGAACCGCGCAUCAGACCCUUACGGACAGAACCCCUUGAAACCUGCAUUCCAGCAGCAACAGCAUCAGCAAGCGGGUGGUGGUGGCGGUGGGUACGGACAUAGAGACCAUUACCAGUUUGGGUAUGCGCCGCCACGGAAAGAGUAUUCUGCCAACAAGUAUAUCCGAUUCUACCAAGAGAACGAUUACAUCCUGAUCCCGACCCUGUUGACGCUGGUGUCGUUCUGGACGCGGUUCAGGGAUAUCAAGUCUUCGGAUAUUGUCGUCUGGGACGAGUUCGGUUCAUACUACAUCAAGGGAGAGUUCUAUUUCGAUGUACACCCACCUCUGGGCAAGAUGCUGGUCGGACUAUCAGGAGCCCUGGCCGGAUACGACGGCUCCUUCGGCUUUGACUCUGGCGCCAAAUACCCAGACAUUGGCUUUGGAUUCAUGCGCAUCUUCAACGCCUUCUUUGGAGCCAUCAUGGUCCCCCUCGCCUACUGGACCUCACAGGAGUUGAGAAUGUCGCAGACCGCCUGCGUCUUUGCUGCUGUUCUUGUCCUAUUUGACAAUGCCUACGUCACCAUCAGUCGCUUUAUUCUUCUGGACUCUAUGCUCCUCGCCGCCACCUGCUUUGUCUUUUUCUGUCUUACUCGCUUCCGGAACGAGCGCUAUGACCCGUUCUCGUUGGACUGGUGGUUGUGGUUGGCUAUGACUGGUGUUGCUAUUGGACUCGUCUCCAGUAUCAAGUGGGUUGGUCUCUUUGUCACCGCUUUGGUGGGCUUGAACACUAUUGAGGAGCUGUGGGACUUGUUUGGUGAUUUGAGCAUACCCAAGACCACGUACAUCAAGCAUUGGGUUGCUCGUGCUGCCUGCCUGAUCGCUCUACCCUUCUCUGUCUACGUGGCCUCGUUCGCGCUCCACUUUGCCAUCCUUCGCAACAGCGGACCUGGAGAUGCCCAGAUGAGUUCUCUCUUCCAGGCCAGCCUUAACGGCAACGACUUCCGUAGCAACCCCCUUUAUGUGGCGUAUGGAUCGAAGGUGUCGAUCAAGAACACGGGAUAUGGCGGAGGAUUACUUCACUCGCACGUUCAGACGUUCCCUGAGGGAUCUGGUCAGCAACAGGUCACUUGCUACCACCACAAGGAUAACAACAACAACUGGAUCAUCAAACACGCUAAGAGCGAGGAGGUCCCAGAGGAUACUGGUAGCCCCCUGAUUCUGCGUGAUGGCAACUUGGUCCGUCUGGGACAUGAGCAGACCAACCGUAGCUUGCACAGUCAUCGUAUCAAGGCUCCCGUUACUUCUGCACAGUGGGAAGUCAGUGGCUAUGGAGACGACUCGACCAACGAUGCCAACGAUGAGUGGAUCAUUGAGGUUGUGGACGAGAACAGCCAUCAUCCCAAGGAUGGACAAUUGAGAUCGCUUUCGACCACGUUCAGAUUGAGACAUCGUAUCCUGGGAUGCCUUUUGACUGCUGAGAAUGUCAACCUGCCUCAGUGGGGAUUCCGUCAGAUCGAGGUUACUUGUGACACCCGUAAUCGUACCAACUCGCCCCACUCCAUCUGGAACGUUGAACAACACUGGAACGACAAGCUGCCAGCAGGAGAGGGCAACUUGUAUAAGAGCAAGUUUUGGAAGGACUUUUGGCAUUUGAAUGUGGCGAUGAUGACAUCCAACAACGCAUUGAUCCCGGACCCCGACAAGGAGGAUGUGUUGGCAUCAAACCCAAGCCAGUGGCCCUUGUUGGCAGUUGGUCUUCGUAUGUGCGGAUGGGGCGAUGAUACGAUCAAGUUUUAUCUCUUGGGCAACCCUAUUGCCUGGUGGGGCGGUACCUUUUCAUUGGGUGUCUUCGCGCUGACUGUGUUUUACUACAUUAUCCGCCGUCAACGCAAGUUCCAGGAUGUGAGCCCCAUGGAAUGGGAGCAUUUCUUGGCUGCGGGCAAGUUGCUUGUCGGAGGCUGGUUCCUGCACUACAUUCCCUUCUGUGUCAUGGGCCGAGUGACGUACUUGCACCAUUACUUCCCUGCCCUGUACUUUUCGCUUUUACUGUUCAGUCUUAUGAUUGACCAUUUCGUCAACCGGCCAGGAGUGUCUAGCAAGGUCCGGAAUGCGGUGUGGGCGGUUGCGUUUGCGGCAGUAACGUUUACAUUCUUUUUCUUUUGGGAUGUCACUUAUGGUAUUCGGGGACCUGCAGCAGAGACGAUGACGAGUCGGCAGUGGCGGGGAGCUUGGAAUAUUAUUGACGACCAUAAGCCCAACACGUUUAUUUAG